GAAAGAUGGAGUGAAUGAGCGGUAGUUGUGUAAGAAAUGGAUUUAUUACUGGGGUUUCCCUUACAUUUGUUAUGUUUCCUGUUACAGUUUCCAAGUUUUAUCUCUGGAUUUCUUCCGGAUGGUACGAGGUCAAGAAUUCCUGGUCAACAGAGUGGUUUCGAUGUAUUUCAUCGAUAUGAAGUAAUAGUGCCAGAGAUCUUUCACAAAAAUAAAAGGAUUGAUGGAACUAUAAACAAGGGUAGCCAUCUAGACAACAUAUCAGUAUUAUUUUCUGCAUUUAAUAGAAGUUUUGUUCUCGACUUGAAGCUAAAUAGAGAUCUAUUUUCUAAUUCAUACAUAGAAAAACAGUACCAUUCCGCGGGUAGCAGUAUUGUGAAGCCACACAAAGAUUCUCAGAGAGAGAACCAUUGUUUUUAUCAUGGGACUAUUCGAUAUAUACCUCAGUCACUGGUUGCAUUGAGCACAUGUGAAGGUCUAAGAGGUAUAGUAUCAAAUGAAGAUGAUGUUUUCCAUAUAGAGCACUAUGGGCCUAACAGACAUGUUAUAUUUAGAGACAGAGAUAGGAAGAAGAAAAAUCUUAAGUGUGGUUCAUCUCAUCAUCACAGUGCCUUUGUACAUCUUGGCAAAAGAGCAGCUCAUAGGAAAAAGCGUGCAAUACGUGGGCCAUAUGACAGCAAUAAGAACACAAGAUAUGUUGAACUUUAUCUUGUCAGUGACUACAGAACGUAUGAGAGAAAUAACAGAAAUCUGACAAAGGUCAUCAGGAGGUCACAAGACAUCGCCAACAUAGUCAGCAGGCUGUACCGUCCUCUCAACAUCUACAUUGCCCUUGUGGGCGUAGAGGUGUGGCAGAAUGGAGAUCAAGUGUCUAUCAGCGAGAGCGCCGAUACCACCAUGGAAAACUUUCUCAGAUACCGGCGCGAACGCAUCAACCCUUACCACAGAAACGACAAUGCACAGCUUGUCACUGGUAUAUUUUUUGACCAUGGCGUUGUUGGAAAAGCAAUAAAGGGACCAAUGUGUACCUACCAGUUUUCUGGAGGAGUCAACAUGGACUAUGAUGGUUUGGUCACUCUGGUAGCUACAACUGUUGCUCAUGAAAUGGGACACAACUUUGGCAUGGAGCAUGAUAACGAUUCAUCAUGCUACUGUUCUAAAGAAAAGUGUAUCAUGGCAGCCACAAGUGGACAAACAAGCCCAACACAGUGGUCGUCAUGUUCUAAGAUGGCUCUGCAGGAAGCAUUUGAGCUGGGCAUGGACUACUGCCUGAAGAACAAACCCACCAAGCUGUUCGAUGGUCCGGUGUGUGGUAACGGCUUCGUCGAGGUUGGAGAGGAGUGUGAUUGUGGAUUACCUCAGGAUUGCCACAACAUCUGCUGUAAUUCCACGACCUGCAAGCUGUACCCACAGGCUGUGUGUGGCACAGGGAGGUGUUGUGACCUCACAACAUGUCAGAUGAAAGGUUCUGCCUCACUCUGCCGAGAGCCAACAUCAGAAUGUGAUUUUCCUGAAUUUUGCACUGGCUUGACAGAGUACUGCCCAGCUGACGUCUACAAACAGAAUGGUCUUUCUUGUAUGAAUUCCCAGUCAUAUUGUUAUAAUGGACAGUGUAGCACACACACAGACCAGUGCAAGUUGCUAUGGGGAAACACUGGCCGGGCGUCCGACCCAAUCUGUUUCCAACAACUGAACAUACAAGGUGACCAGGAUGGUAACUGUGGAUACAACUGGACUACAGACUCGUACUUGGCCUGCAAUCGACGAGAUGUGAUGUGUGGAUUGCUGCACUGUGUUCACCUCAACGAGAAGCUCAUGUUUUGGCGAGACAACCUGGCUCACACCAUGAGGGCGUCCUUCCUCACCCGGGGUAACACACAGUAUGUGUGCAGGUCCGCAAUGCUGGAUGUUGGGCUGGACAUGCCAGAUCCGGGCAUGGUACCAGAUGGAGCUAAAUGUGAUACGGAUAAGGUCUGUGUGAACCACAAGUGUGUUCCAUUAGUGAAAAUGGCUAUUGAUCAGUGUCCAACAGUGUCCAACAAACCCUGUAAUAAUAAAGGGGUAUGUAACUCCAAGGGCCACUGUCACUGUAACAAUGGCUAUGCACCACCGCUGUGCAACCGUCCAGGCUAUGGAGGAAGUGUCGACAGUGGACCAGCAACCAAUGAAAUUGAGGACAAGAGUUUGUUGAUUGGUCUACUCAUCUUCUUCCUUGUCAUCUUGCCACUGAUUGGAGGAGCGGCUUUCUUUGGCUAUUACUACAGAGAGAAAAUUAAAAAAUGGUGGAAUUAUGGACCUAAGCUAAAAUAUGGGAUACCUGGCAAGAAAGCUAAGCCGCCUCCACAUCCACCAAGGCCAACCGUGAGAUUCAGUGAAAACCCGCCAAAGACAUCCCCGGCUCGCCGACAGCCUUCCGUGAUCAUCUCUGAUCCCGUCUUGACUGGCAGCACUAACAGAAACUCGCAAGUGUUCCUCAAUCAGAAUCGCUCUACAAGCUUGUCUCCAAAACACGACCGAGUUCUACCUCAGCAGGAUUCAGUAAGGAAAGUUGACAAACAUACCUCAGAUAAAUCAUCAAUACCAUCAUAUGACUGGUCGCUUGGUGCUCAAUUGCAGCAAGAAACAAGUACAAAUGCAAAUGCGGAGAAACCAGCACCAUUUAAAAAGGAAAGACUGGGACUUCCAGGACAGGCAGUAGUGAAUCGAACGUCUUUCAGGGGGUCAGAAAUAUCAAGUCCAAUUUUUGUUAGUACAACCAACAGGAACUCUGAAGUGUUUUCCAACCAGCUGGGAGACGACCCUUCAAGAUCAAGACUGUGGGGAUCUCAUAGCCCCCCUCCAGUUCCUCCCCAUGGGAAGGAUAUAACUGUGAGGCGAAACCACUCUGACCGACCGGCAGCACCUAGACCAACCUCUGUUCCUCCACAAGUGAAGAAAGGACCAAUUUUGCACAAGUCUCAAGUCAGCACGUCGAUGAGGACACAGCGACCACCGCCACCUCCACGACCUCUCCCACCAGAUCCGAGACUCCUCGAGAGCGAUGCCGAGACAGACUCAACAUACCAGAAUGAUCCUUCUACAGUUUCACAGACAGACAACACACUUGUAAAUAACUCCAAUUCCCAGGAGGCAGGGGGUGGUGAUAACCUGUACCUGAAUGUGAAUUCAUCAAAGGAAAUCCAGUACUGUAAUAUGGCAUCUCCAGAGGAUGACUCUUUCAGUGCAUCGACUCUUCCAUCAUAUUCAACCUUGUUUAGUGGGUCGUCUGCUCGUUCUAAAUUUCUCAAGUCAGAUUCUGCCAGACCCAUUAAAGGCAGCAUUAAUAAACCUAAUGAUGCCAAGUCUGCGAGAACUACGGCAAAACCAGAGACAAAUAAAGUGAAAGUGGGUGGAUCAAGAGCACAAGACUUGGGAAAGCCAACACAACCCAGUUCUCAGACACAGCAGUUCAACAGACUGGGUCAAUCCAUUCCUAAAACAGACUCAUCUAAGCCAGUUGAAACCAGUUUAAAGAAACCUGCUGACUCUGCUAAAACUGGGCCAGGUAGUGCAAAGCACCUACCCUCAAAAAGCACCCCAAAAUUGGGAUCAGUUAGUACUUCUAAAAGUGUAUCCAAACCCUCAGAAAGUGGGACAAGGACACGCAUUGUGUCUAAGCCUGGCCAGAGCACCAAGGUGCAAGGUGCGACAAAGUCUAAUGUAACAGAUGAGGCUAAACGAGGAGAAACGGACUCCAGACGUACAACAGACACAUCAAAGGUUAAGCCUGCUGGGUCUAAGGCUGUGCCAGGACAGAUCUCUAGAGUGGCUAUGUUACAGUCCAAGUUUAAUACUGAUUCCUCAACAUCUGGUGGGCACAGUGCUACACAAGCAGGUAGUCGGCCAUAUGUAGCACCAAAACCAUCGCCCACGGUUACAAGGAGUUUUAAUGUCUGAACAAAAUGAUGAUCUCAUUUUAAUUGAUGAUAUUUCGUAACUGCAGUAAUGGUUUUUGUUUCUUUUUUAUCUUUUUGCAUUAAAUGAACACACAAUAUUAUGUUUUGAAAACUACAUGUAUAUGAGUGUGCAUGUGUCAACUAAUCAUUCUGUGUCAAAUUGUAGGGCACCUUUGUUUUGUUAAUGUUUUGCCAAGAGCUAGAGUUGGUUGAAAAAUGGCAUCUAUAAAGCAAACAUUGAAAAUAGUUUAUCAUCAAAUGUCUUUUUAGUCAUUUAGGGUGGAGUUUAUUGUUUGAGACUAAUGACUUUACAUCAGCUGGCAAAAUAAUAUGACGUUGUUAGUCAUUGUUUAUCAAAAAAUAAUUGAUCAUUGCAAAAAAUAUUAUAAAAGGAAUGUCAGUGUUCAGUUAAGCAGAAAAUAUAGUCGACAGUUUACUUAAAAACAUGUCCAUAAUUUUUGUUUGUCUCAGUCAAACAUUAUGACUAAUUAUGCUUACAACAUGUAAGACUCAAAUUCUUGCUAUUAAUCCUUUAAUUUCUUUUUAACUUGUUAAUUUAUUUUUAGCCAUUUUAUUGCCUAUUGACAUGUUCAGACCAAUCUGUUGGAAUAGGGCGAAAUGCCAUGGGUUAGAGGUCAGGUUACGUCUUCAUGAAAAGCGAAAACAAUCCAAAUGUUCUACAUUAUAAAUUAUUAUGAUUCUUAUGUACUAUGACGUAUUAAUAAAACAGGAAUUAUUUGUUUCAUUAUACUUUACCAUAUGAAACAUCAUAUUAACGCAGCACUGUCCCAAGUCAUAAUCUGUGCCUAUAAUGGAUGCCUGUACUUAAAAACGGUUUACUCCAAAUAGACUAUUAAAUAGUACCUUGAAUUCCAUUUCAGUGUGUUUUAAAAUGACAUUUCAUUUCUAUUAUCAUGGUAUCAUGGUAACAGGUGUAAUAAACUUUGUUCCAUUAUUCAUCCUUAGAAUAUUGUAUUCAUUUGAUUGAAAUUAACAUCACCAUUUACCACGUUGACAAACCAGUGCUGUUAACAUGUUUUUGUUUUGGUUAUGAAUAGCAUGGAAUGUAUGUUUAAUUCCAUGCUAAUUAUAUGAUCAUCUUGCUACUGUGCCAGCAAUAUUUCUGUUUUGAAUGCUUGUUGUCAUACAUUAAUAUUAACUGAACAAUGGUGUAAUACACAGGUCUUACUAAAUAUGUUGAUUAUUAUUGAUUUUGCUUGGACUAGAUCCAGACUUGAAAAACAGGAAAAACUAAAAAUUUGAAAAACAAAAUGCAAGAAUAAUAUAUCAUUUUAUUGGUCUAAUUUGUAGAUUUAUUGGAUAGAAGGAUACCGGGUACUAUCCAGAAAUGAUUUACCAGGUUUUUUGGUUUCUUCGAAAACUUUUGUAUAUACAUGUACAUGUAUGUCUCUAAUAACACUGAACUCAAAAAUUGAUCUAAAAUUUUAUUAUGUUUGUAUUUUUGUUACAAACCUACAGGGUACCUCUAUAAAUAAUAUCAAUACAGUUCAUUUUUAUUAUUGUAAUUUUUUUUUAUUACAUUUUGUUUGUACCUGUAUAUAUAGCUAUGUGCUUAGAUAAUCUAAUUAUUUUAUGCUGAACAUUCCAUAUUUGUACAGUGUAUAUUUCUGUAAUAUAGUGUAACUAUUUAUACCAAUGACAGAUCAACCAUCUGGUGCAUUUUCCAGUGAUAAGCAGGGCCGGAUUUAGACAUUGGGCAGGGGCUCGGGGCACUUCAGUUUCAGGGGCCCCUCGACAUAGAAAUUAAAUUACAUGACAAAUAAAAAAUGAACUAAUUUUAUAAUUAUUAAAAAAAUUUUUAUAAAGGAAGUCCUUAGUCGGGGGGGGGGGGCCCUCAGACAGGGGGGCCCGGGGCAAUUGCCCCCUUUGCCCCCUUAUAAAUCCGGCACUGGUGAUAAGAUGUGAAUCAGUGGCACAUGAAGUGAUACAGAGGGGUAAUAUUCCACAGGUGCCUGCUUCAAAGAAUCAUCUGAUUAACAGCUCCCUAUUCAGCCAGUACUUACUGGUCUUCACAGAUGAGAUAAUUGUCAUUUUAGGUGUAGUUGCAGACCUCGCAGUGAAAAACAAAUUGAGUGGAGUGAUUAACUGUUCCCCUAGCUUAGAUUAUGUGGAGCCUUUUAAGAUAUUACCAUAUUGAUGUCAUAUACAUUCAAAUGCUAAGGGGAGUUAAAAAUUACUCUUCUUGAACUAGUCUCGGGAGUGAAUGGGACCGAGAAUGAUAGCUCCCCAUAAAUGGCACGGUCUGCAGGCAGACACGGUGGAGCAGGAGGGGUGGGGGGGGGGGGGGGUGCUAGAGCCCAAUAAUUCUGAGUCAAAAAUGUUGGUAGUAAGUCUUAUUUCAAGAGAUGAAUUUUACUUGUAGAAUGCAGGAAAUUGCAUUUCAAGACAUCUAGUUUUAAAACUUUUACGGAGGAGCAUACCCCCGAACCCCCUAGAAACUUUGCUUUGCCUUCUCGAUCUCAGUCAGCCCCCCUGUGUCUACUUGCUUCUGCCAUGCCUGGUCUGUAAUUGCAGUAUGUACAUUUGUAUAAGCCUAAAGAGUCUUGAGUGAAGAGAGGGUGGAGAUAGGAAUUUACAUUUGGCAGCUGAAUGUAUCAAUGUCUCCAGGUGCUGGGAUACUUUCACUGUGCCAUUGGUUCAAAUAGUUUAACAAUGAUUUGAAAAAUUGAUGUCAGUAAGAUAGCUUUAACGAAUCUAAGCACUGUUUGUGCUGGGAUAAAUUGCUCUGUUUUAGUGCUAAAAUGUUAACCAUAGUGUGUGAUAGCUCUGCUGGUUAAAAUGUGCUCCGUGUUGUCAUCAGCUAAUUAGGCCUUUCAGGUGGUAUCAACUCAUGAGAGUCUGUCCGUCCGUCAGCAUUUGAUCAGUUCUAAAUAUGCAUGAUUUGAUGACAUAAUAAUCCAGAUUAAACUUACAUGUACUAUGUGAUGAUAUAAAGUGUGACCUGCUUAAUUGUGUAAUAUGGAGCCCAUCCAGUAACAGCUAUGGCUUUCAUCAUCUGGUGUUGUAAGGUGCUUAAUAUAGAUAAAACAAAAUAAUAAAUGUAUUUGAGUUUGAGUCCAGAUGUUUGUUGUUCAGCAUGUUAUCUAUCAACAGUCAUUGUAGCAGACUUAACUUCAUUAAUAUAAAUUUGAUUGAUGACUUCUACUGUAUAAUACAUUGUUACUAUAGUCCACCCCAUCAUUCUAUUAAAAUGUUUUCUGUAAAUAAUUUCAGUUUGGUUUGACGUAAGAACAAAAGUAAAAGUGUUUUGGAAAUAGCAAAUAAAUACUAUUUGUGUGUACAAUUUACAAAUCAAUCGGCUCAUAAAUAAAUUAAUUCUAGUAAAUUCCAUAGUAUGAAAAAAGGCAUCCUGUGGGACGGACUAUAGGUGGAAUGGUAUUAUUUAACUGUGAUGGAAUGGUAUCAUCAUGGUAUUACUUAACUGCGGUGGAAUGAUAUCAUCAUGGUAUUAACUGGACUUGGAAACAAGUUUUUCAUAAUGGUUGCUGUAUUAUAUAUAUUUAAUUAUUUGUUUAAUGAUAUAUCUGUUUGCUUCCGACUUGGAAAUAAGCAAUAGGUGCAAUAUUAUUUUAAUUAAUAACUUGGUUUUGAUGACUGAGCUUGAAUAUAUGCCUUUAAUCUGUAGUUACCUACUGAUUGAGAAUUGUACGUGUAUAUAUACAAUAUAAGACAAGUGGGUAAGCAUUUGAGGGCAUUUGCAGACCACUUUGGAUGUUGCAUACUGAACCAGUGGUGAGUUAUUGUGACCGUUUUAUUCAGUGUCAGAUUCUUUUGCAUAAAAUAAUGGUUACAGAGUGAACAACUUGUACAGAAAUGCUGGCCAGUAACCCUGUUUAACUGGUAGAGUGUUUGGCUUUUUAAAGAUCAUUUCAGCUUUUAUUUUAAAAGGGGUAUCACAUCUCUGGUAUGUUUCAUUGCUGUUCUAUUUAAGGGUCCUGCUUUUGAAAGUGCCCCUCCGCCCCUGCGAGACUGUUUGUCGUGGAACCCAUGCUGGCUAUAAAGGCUCUGUCAGUUAAAUCUGGGUUCUUACUAUUUAGACUAAUAUAUAGAGGCCCUGUUAUGCAUUUUAAACUAGUUAAUUCCAGAUCCAAUUACAUGGUCGUAUGUUUUAUAAUUAAUAGAUUCAAUACUCAUUUUUACAUAACUAUUAUUUGUUUGAGUGGUUUUUUCUUUGUUUUUAAUUGUACAUAUAUAUAACAAAAAUUGUUCAAGUAGUCAAUCAGUAUUAAUAAAACGAAUUAUUCUUGUUUCAAUCAGUUAGGCCAGGUUAGGAACUCCAUUUAUUUUCAGGUAUUAGGCUUAUUUAUCUGCCAAGUUUUGAUGGGUGCAGAUUUCUUAGUUUAUUUACAAGAAAGCCAUUUGUACUUGAGUAGAGUUUUAUGUGCAUCCUUUUACAUUUUACUUAACUCAUUUAAUUUAACCUGUCCAGCUGGGCUGGAUGUUCUUGUUGCAUUGCUCUAUUUUUUACUGGUUCAAUUCAUGUUCAUUAUUUUAUGGUAGCUAUAAUAUGUGUACUGUAAAUACUUUAAUAGAAAUUGGAGUUUUUUGGGUGGUGUGGGGUUAUAAUAAUAAUGCAGUUAACCCAGCAAUAAGUUGAGAUACAUGCAUGUAAAACUUGUAACAAAGAUUCAUUUGACUUUGAAGAUGUUUAAAAAGGGUACUUUAUACAGUAAGCUAGUUAGCAAACUUGUUUUUAAUUUUUAUAAUUUUUUGUGUGCAAUAAACUAGCAACUGCCGCUGUCCAAUAUUUUGUCAAACAAUGAUUUAAGAGUAGCAAGAGGGACAUCUACUUCCGCACCCAUCCCCUCCACCUCCAUUGUGUCAAAUUCCUUGCAACGCCCCUGAUCUCAAAAUACUUUCCCCUUUGUUAGUCUUGGUUUUGUUCUGUAAUUUAAGUGGAUGUUUUUUUCUCGUUCCUACCAGUGCACCACAAAUGGACAAUGGCUGUGGUAUGUGCUUUCCUAUUUGUGGGAAAGUGCAUAUAAAAGAUCCCUUGCUGUAUUACACAAAAUGUAGCUGGUUUCCUUCGUUAAGUAGUAGACCUGGUGUAUUCUUGAAAUCUGAUGGGUUAUAAAGUUAAAAGGUAGUAUGGUUUGUUUAAAUUAUUAAUCAUCAGCUAUUGGAUGUCAAACAUUUGAUAAUUCUAACAUAUAGUCUUGAAAAAACACAAAGGUCGAGGCGUAGCCUAGUGGUAAAGCACUCACCUGAUGUGUAGUCUGCCUGGGAUCAGUCCCCGUUGAUAGCCCUGCUAUUAAUGGAAAAAUAUAGUGGAUUUCCUUUCUAAGACUAACGUCAAAAUUACCACAUAUUUAACAUACAGUAGCCGAUGAUUAAUAAAUCAAGGUGCUCUAGUGGUGUCAUUAAAUAAAACAAACUUUGAAGGAAAAACAUUACAUUUUUUCCAAUUAUCAGCAAGGUAUCUUUCAUAUUCAUUUUCACACAGACAGAACUGCAUGUAUAACAGCCUUUGAUAUAAUGUUACCAGUCGCACAGUCGAUGAUCCAUGUUAUGGAACAAAAGGGAAAAUAUUAAAUAACAUGGUGGGGGGAAUGGUGUAAUUUGGGGAAGCAUGGUUCUUCCACUCUGGUUCAUCCAGCAACCAGUCAAGGACACUGAUCAGGAUGGGAGAAACACCCAAUCAGGGAAUAGGUUUAAUCCUAUGAUCAAAGCACUAGUGGAGAGUGGUGUAUCCACUGAGUUAGAUCAAACCUCUGUCAGGUCAUAGAAUAGAUUCUUUUCAGUAUCCGAUUAGGGGUCAUCCAUUUAGUACGUACGCACAAUUUUCCGAUUUUUUGCACCCCCUCUCCCCCUCCCCCCCGUACGCAUGCGUACGCCAGUGCCCAUACCCCCCCCCCUUGCGUACAUACGCAAAAGAUCGUCAGUCAGUACCAGUAAAUGUAGACAAUGCCACCGUCGAUGUCAUCAUGGUAUACUAUAAUUAAUGAAUACUGCUCAUUGUACAAAUGUAUUAAACAACGCUUGACCACCACCGGAGGCCAUUUUCUUGGCCAUGCGUGCGUGCGUCAAAUGACGCAAAGGGUUAGUAUGGCGAACAAAACAGGCGCCGACGAUCUAGAACGUCAGUAAAUAAUCAAAUUAACUAUAUAUAUAUAUAUUUUAAUUUUACCCUAAUAACACCCCCCCCCCCCCCCCCCCGUACGCAAAAUGGCUCUUAAAUUUUCAACCCACCCCACCCCCCCAAAAUGCGUACUACUAAAAGUAUGCCCCCUUAAAAUAUCCUGGGGUCUUAUGAAACGCACAUUUUCUUUCUUUUAUUUAUAACUUUUUAAAAGAUUAAAAGUUUACUGUAGUUUUUAAUUUAAUUAACACAGUGACUAGUUUCUAAAUUUUAGAUGUGUGGUUGACCCAGACUAUAUCCAAGUAUUUAUGGUACAUAACAAGUCUUUUUUAAAACCACACUUACAAUAGAUUGUUACAUGCAUAUUGGCAGUGCUUGUGUUUGUUUUACCUCUAUCUGUAUACUGUUUGUUUUUGUCAUCACAUUUUGUGAUGUUCCACAGUAUUUUUAAUUGUUUUAUUGUAAUAAUACUUAAUACAGGUAGUUUUACUGUUAUUUUAUAUUCAUUAUUAUUUUUGGUAAUGCUUGGACAUGACGUUAUUAAAAAUAAUUAAAUAUUUUCAUUAUUUCUUACAUUCUCCAUUUUUUGUUGAAAUUAGAUUUUAUCUUUGUGAUUAUUUUACAGAAAUACUCUGUAGCUAAGAUUGUAGCUAAGAUUGUAGCUAAGAUUGCCAAAGUUGCCAUGUUUAUAUUUACUGACAUAAUUCCAAAAAUGCUUUGGAUGUUCAUAAUAAAUUGUUUGUGAUGCUUAUUAAGUCUACAAAAUAGUAAGUAUAUAUAAACUCCACAACACAUUCAAAUUGCUGUUGAUGGUGUUUAUGCAUAGCAUGCAUGAAUUGUAUUAGUACAUCUAUAUAUUCACUAAGGGUUAUUCCAGAAAUAAUGUUGUUGUUUUGGGGUUUUUUAAUUCUGAAGUUAUAAAACUUAAUUAACAGACCCGUCACCCAUAAAAUAAUAAUGUGGGUGCCUCUCGCUCCCCUUCAACAAGAAAGGUAAUAUCUGGAAUAUCCCUUGAACAUAUUAAUUAUGCUGCACCUAUAUAUUAUAUAUAUACAUUAUUUGUCUGCACAUGUACAUAGUAUGCAUAAAUUGUGCUUUAUAUAUACAUGUACAUAUAUAUAUACAUUGCACAUUUUACAGGCUUCGAGAGUUAAUAUGUAUUAAUACAUGAUUUUUGAAAGGUGUCUGCUAAAUUCCAACCAACUGAAUAGGAUGAAAUAGUUUUGGAUUUUUGUAUAAUGCAUUCAGAAUUUACAUUUAUUUCUGAGGUAUGUUAAUUAUACUUUGUAACAUGAUAGAGGCAUAUUUUUUACAGAUGACUUUUCAUUUUGAAAUAAUAGAACAGAAAGGUUACUAGACAUUUUUGGGUUGUUGUUGGGUUUUUUUUUUUUUUUGGGGGGGGGGGGGGGGGGGGUUGUUGUUUUUGUAAAACUACAGAACAGAAAGAUAAAGGUUACUAGAAAGUUUAAAAUAAAAAUAAUUGAAGAUAGUACAAUGUAUAUAUAUUUAGAGUGAUUUGGGUCAAUUUGUUCUCUAGAAAUUACCUUUUUCAUCUAGAAAUACAUGUAGUAGAACAGAAAAAGUAAAAAUUUACUACAAACAUUUUUCUGUCUUGGCAGCCAUAUUUAAAAAAGAAUGGAAUGCAAGAUGAUUGAUUUAUAUUCCAUUUAUCAGGAGGGUUUAGAUGUCAAUGUGUUAUUUUACAAAUUCUGACUAUUAUUUGUUUAGGGAGGAACUGGAUUGAACAAAUGUUUAAAAUAUCUAUUAAAGCACAGGUUCUGAGGUCUGUAGAAACAUUUGAUCUUGUUCUGCUGGUUGGAAAUUAACCAGUUCCUAAAAUCAUCGUAAUGUUUCACUUGUGAUAAAUGCCCAAAUGCCUCAUGGUCAUGCAGUGUGUUGUUAACUGGGAUAUGUGUGUAUGGAACAAGCUUGCUUGAUCUGUUCUUGUGUGCGAGAAUAUUUGAUGAAUAAUUACUAUCUAUUUAUCAGUCAAUUGCAAAAUAAACAUGAAAACAAAAA